UGCAAUAUCUGAUUAAAAGUGUCAACUGGAGUCUUCGAUGUUUGAAUUCAAAGAAGUGCUCUAUACAACUUUUAUCUGCUGACAAUUUUUUUAUUGCAAUAAAUGUUCGUCCAAGUUGCACGAAAUGGGAAAGUGACAGUAGCAACGUAGAAAGAAUAAGAAAAGGACAAAAAAGGAUUGUCGAUUCUACAGAUCAUACACGAAGUGUUCACAAAGGACAUUCCCCAUGAAUGGGUUCGAGUGUCGUCGGUUUAUGUACGAGGAUCGUUUUGACAGGAGGGGAUUGGUCGACGGGUGAGUCGGAGAGGGUACAAGAGGUCAGAGGGUAUUCUGCAGUGAGGAAGGCAUGCUGCAAUGGCAUAGGGGUGGCAUCGUGAACGAAGGAGAGGUCGAGAGAUAGAGGGUGAAUUGUUCGCCGCUCCACGUAGGGUAGUUUCGCUCGAAGUGUUACAAUAAAUCAACGCUGGAUCUCGUGCUCCACCCCCACAACCCCUGGAUCCCAUACAUGGCACAUGACAUAGAAUGCUAUACGCAUUAUGCUUACAGUUGACUGUCGCGUAUUGUGUUUAAAGUGGCUGCACUUUGGCGGCAAUACGUAUCAACUCUUCAAAAGCUAUGAAAAUUCACCAGCAGCUGUAGAGAUUCGAGGGAGGUUAAGGCAGGGGGCGAGAGAUCGAAAAGCAGUGGCAUCAUCCCCCUUGACAAUGGGGUGGAAUCACGUGGCCGCAGAUUAAUUCUCAACAAAAGAUAUCCUCAUAUCGCAGUGCCUUUCGCAGGCCUCCUAGAAUCCACUUCAGCCCACGUUACGGGGGGGUUUCUCUUCGGAACGCCCCAAUCCGGGCCCGGAGGUGGGCCCAACCCCAAAAUUCGAUCCCCUCCGUCAACCCCUACUAUAUAGGGUACCCUACGAGGACAGCAGAGUGCUGCCAGUAAUAAUCGAAAAGUCAAAGGUGCCAGUUCGUGAAAGUGUCUCUCACUUGACCUUGCAGUUUCCACGAUGCAUUUCUUCCGUCCUUGGAACGACGCAAACGGAGAGAGGCCACUGUCUCCAGAAGUCACCAAACCCGGUACCAGGUCCUUAUCGGAAAUGACGGAACGAAGUAUCAGGGAGAAAGUGAAGUGUGAACCUAAGGAGGAAGAAAGUGUUCACGCUUCGACAGUGCCUAUAGAAAACGUGAAGAAUGUUGUCGAACAGAAUUUAUUACCUGAGGAUAGGAUUUCCGAAUCGCCAGGAACGUCCUCCCCGUCUUCCAGAACCAGCGAAGACCUGACCGAGAGGAACAAUUUGAGUAUGUUGAGAAAUUUCGUGUACAAUACUCGUCCUGAUAACGUUGCAACGUCCUCAUCAAGUUCCUCAAGUUCCACAAGUUCUUCGCCAAGUGUAUUCUCGUACCCAUCAGCAAGUCCACGUGCGGAGAGCUCGCAAUCGACGUCAUACAUGCCGCCUUAUCAGUUACCAGUGUAUCCAACUGAAUAUCCAGCCAACUUGGCUAAUGGAAUUGUUCCGAUGGCUGGAUCGAUGGAAUUUCCUACAGCAUCAAAAUUCGCUGAGGCAUCGGCUGGAUUUGCCGCCGCUUGUGCAUCGUCUAUGGAAUUGCCUACAUUUCCGCCGCAGCCUAUGUAUUAUGGAAUGCCCAACUUCAACCUGCCUCAACCAUCUUACGCUACGAUGGAGAGUGCUGUGAAUUAUAUUAAUCAACAGGAGGCCGUGGCUAAACAGAUAAAGAAACUUCGACCGAAGAAGUUCCGUUGCGAGUACUGCAAUGUGGCCUUCAGUAAUAAUGGGCAACUGAGAGGACACACGCGGAUUCAUACUGGAGAAAGGCCAUUCACCUGUAAUAUCGAUAGCUGUGGCAAAUCUUUCACCCGCAAUGAGGAAUUAACCAGACACAAGAGGAUCCACACCGGACUACGUCCUCAUGCAUGUAUUUUGUGCGGCAAGAGAUUCGGUCGCAAAGAUCAUUUGAAAAAACACGCGCGAACUCAUGAAAAUCGGAUGCCUUAUUAUCUACCAGCACCUAAUGGUUCAGGAACUUUUGCAUUUGGUCAUCCUCUCACUGCUGGACCCUUAAUGCAACCGUAUCUGUUCUCAUUGUGAUCUCGACAUUUCAAUCGGACUAGCAAAGCCUCGAUAUGUCGUAAAAAAGAAGUGACAAUGCAACUUAUCGUUGUUCUUGUUGAACGAUUAUUUUUAUUGUACUUAAUUUUCUUCUUUGAAAAUCUGGUAACGUUCGCAGGGCAAUUCCGUAUCUGUCGAAGGACGAUACACAUACCAGUCUAAUGACGGCCAUGAAAUAUGUGGAUAAAGUACUUUUUUCCGUCGCUUUUGUAGAAACUUGUACAAAUGUUCAUACCAAAUAUUACGAUUGAUUGGGAAAAGUGCAAUUAAUACCUGACGUGCCUAAUGUCAGAUUGUGAGAUAUUUCUGUACAUAAUAAUAUAGUAACUGACGGAUAUUUUUUAUAUAUACUCUUAUUCAUACUUUGAGUACCUAUAUAUGCUUUAGCUUUACAUGGGACUUAUUUUAUAUAUAAAUAUUAGCAUUAAACGAAUGUGUAUUUUGUAUAGCGUUGUAUAGAAAAGAAUACAAUUUAGAUUAUCUAAAUUGUCGAAAAAUUUUGUAAAGAUUCUCUGGAUAUAAUUAUUGAAGGAAUAAUAAAUUGUUCAUAUUUAUAUGUAUAUAGAAUUUUUAUCAUUGACUUCACUAUCC